CCUCCAGCUCACCAAAAACAGCCUCAAAAACAACCAUUUCCUUUCUGCUGAGAGACGGGGGAAAACACAUGCAUACACACUCCCCUGUGACAGGCUCUCUGCUUUCCAGGACUGGCUGUUUGCGGCAGAGGCACAGGGCAGGGGCUGGGCCAGGAGGCAGGCUGAGGAACCCGCUCUGCCCCCUCAGCCCUGCUCAGAGCCGGCUGGCACCACUCACUGGGCUGGCUGCAAGCAGCGCUGCUCCUGAGAAGGCUGGCCGACGCGCCUGCCUCUCCUGUUAACUUUCUGUUUCCCUGCACACGGGAGAAGACGCUUCGUGUCCUCCCUUCGCCGCUGCUGCCCAGGAAGACGGCGCACUCACGACCCUGGGCUCUGGCUGGUGCCCCCGCUGCCCCCCUGGGAUGGGCUGUGUGGCUGGCGGCAGCCCAGGCCUGGCCCUGCUCCAGGUGCAGGAAGCAGGGUAAGGAGGCCGCGAGGUGGGCCCGCCCGCACCUGCCACACGGGCCUUCCCGACGCCUCCGAGAAUGAGCGGCGAUGUCCUCUAGCCGGCCCUAGCAGCGAGUUGGUUCCCGGGCCCCAACAGCUCACCAGGCUGCACUUUCUCCAGAAGGGGCGCCGGCACCGUGGUUGGCCAUGACCAUCCGGAAGCUGGUGGCCACGGCCGUGCUGGUGGCCCUCAUCUCCCUUGUCCUCAACAACGCGGCCGCCUUCACCCCCAACUGGCUGUACCAGACGCUGGAGGACGGGCGCAGGCGGAGUGUGGGGCUGUGGAGAUCCUGCUGGCUGGUGGACAGGGCCCGGGCAGUGCCAAGCCCAGGGGUCAGGCCCGGGCCGGUGCACGCCAGGGACUGCGAGGCCCUGGGCUGGGGCUCAGAGGUGGCGGGCUUCCAGGAGCCGCGAGGCACCGUCAAACUGCAGUUUGACAUGAUGCGUGCCUGCAACCUGGUUGCUACUGCAGCACUUGCUGCGGGCCAGCUCACUUUCGUCCUGGGGCUGCCCGGCCUGUCCCUGAUGUCACCCGAUUCCCAGUGCUGGGAGGAGGCCAUGGCUGCUGCAUUCCAGCUGGCAAGUUUUGUGCUGGUCAUCGGGCUGGUGACCUUCUACAGGAUCGGCCCCUACACCCACCUGUCCUGGUCUUGCUACCUGAACAUUGGCGCCUGCCUGCUGGCCACCCUGGCAGCUGCCAUGCUGAUCUGGAACAUUCUCCACAGGAGAGAGGACUGCAUGGCGCCCCGGGUGAUUGUCAUCAGCCGCUCCCUGACUGCACGGUUUCGCCGGGGGCUGGACAACGACUACGUGGAGUCCCCGUGCUGAGGGCUGCCCACGAGGGGCCUUGCUUGGGGCUUCACCCACUGCACAGAACAGCCCGGACACCGGGGCUGCCUGUGUGGGGUGGCUACCAGCAGGGCUCCCUCGUGUGCACGUACAACAUACAGACGUGUUCACUAUGUUAUAUAUAAAUACGUUAUGUGCUGAUGUAUCGUCUCUGCCACCCUCCUCCUGGCACGCACAGCUCAGCUUCAGGCUCACACACUCCAGGGUGGAGCCCAGCGGGUGAGGCGCACGUGAGGAGGCAGGAGGCCACCCUGCUCUGUGCCUGCUCUGGGAUCGAUUCAUUCUGCGUCUGCUGAGAGGGGCUCCCUCAAGUCGUAUCUACCGUGGCAAAGCAGAGAGCCUGGGAAGAUCUCCAGCCACGACCUGAGGGUUAUGGCUUUAUGCCAGGACUGUGCUGUCUGUUCAUUCCUCAUUCUUUUUGUAAGUUAAAAUAAACUUAAAAACCUCUUA